AAUUGAAGAUGCAAUAACAAAAUUCUCUAGAAUUUAAAUUGAAGAAAUAGUAGAAUGUUUACUCUUAAGAGAAGAACAAGUGGCAGAUCUCUGGCAGAUCUCCGACGAGCGGUGGGUGGCCGACAAAGGUUUCAAAUGGUAGACUAUUUACCAUUUGAAUAAUCCGACGGCGAGGACAACGACGAAUGCAUCCAAACGUUCUUCGGUCCUCCUCCUCGAUCUGGAUCUAGCGGCCUUCUCCUCUUCGAUUGUUUGGGUUGGGAAAGUACAAAAGAUAGUACAUCACUCGCAAAACUUGUCAGUAUGUCGCAAUGUUUGAGCUUCUCCAGCAGUCGCCUGAUCUCAUCCACUUCAGGUGGCUCUUCCAUGUGCCACCGUCUCCACCACCGAUCUCCCAAUCUUCCACCACUACAUCUGCGGCGGCGCUUCCUGCCGCCUCUUGCCCAGUCUCCUUCUCGAACCAAGAGUAUUUCUAACGCACUUCCUUUGAUUAUCAAAGGCGGCAAAGGAAUGAGUGAGUGGCAUGAAGUUGAGAUGAAAGUCAGGGAUUAUGAAUUAGAUCAAUAUGGAGUUGUAAAUAAUGCUAUCUAUGCUAGUUAUUGCCAACAUGGUAAGACUCUGUAAUCCUUUUGAAAUGUUGGUACUCUGAUAGUGAAAGAUCACUGUUGUCAUAUACUCGUGGAAGUUGUAUACCAUGAUAUGAUAUGAUGUUUUCAAAAUAAAAUGAAGGAUAACUUUUUUUACUCAAUUAAGGCUGGAUUUAACAUGUGUUAUUUGUAUUGCUAGGUUACAUGUCUCAGCUUGAACUGUCUUCCAUGCUUGUUUAAGACUUGGUCACACACACACAUUGCCUAACCUCCAAUAUUGUUAGUGUGAAUCCUCUGGUUUGCUUGCAAAUCAGGUUGAUUGCAGGCAUAAGUAUGCUGAAAUACUAUUUUCUGGUACUUUUCUUAGGAGGAAAACUGUGGUUGAAAUGUUGAAUGUUUCUGAGUGCAUAUAUAGAAUUUUAUGGAGAAAGGAAUGCCAAGGAUUUUAUUAAACAAAGCAUCAAAGCUAGGGAUAUCAUGUAAUAUAGGUUCUCCAGUUGCAGUCUUGUGUCUUUCGUUCUUGUUUACUUGUAUCAAAACCCAAUUUAACCCUUCCAAUAAAAGAUUGGCCUAUACAAAUCAAGAUGUGAUGGAAGCCUUACCGACCAUCCAGCUCUACAAUUGGAACAUUCUUGGUUUAUCUAGGUUGAAUGCGAUAAAUAGUAGCAGAGGAAGAGCUACCUGUUAAUAGAUUAAUAACUGCCAGGUUCCUGUUAGAAGAGUGACCUACAUAUUUGACUGUCUCAUAUUUGCUUAAAUGAUGUUUUUAUUUCUUCUCAACAGCUCCCACAAAGUCUUUAAUAUCUGAACAGGUCGUCAUGAACUUUUUGAGAAGAUUGGUAUUAGUGCUGAUGCAGUUGCACGCACCGGUGAAGCACUGGCUCUGACAGAUCUUUCACUUAAGUUUCUGGCACCACUAAGGAGUGGAGAUAGGUUUGUUGUGAAGGUCAAGAUAUCAGACUCCUCAGGUGCUCGGCUAUCAUUUCAUCAUUUGAUCUUUAAGCUACCAAAUCAAGAGCCUAUUUUGGAGGCUAAAGCCUCAUCUGUUUGGCUCAACAAAAACUAUCGCCCCAUACGUAUUCCACCAGAGGUGAAAUCUAAAAUUGUUCAUUUCAUUCACGAGGAGGAAUCUGCAUGACUUCAUGCCCACAUCCCGUGUAGAAGAACAUUGACCGGUAACUGGACUUAGCUCUGUUAUUCGAAGAAUAUCCAUUUCUUUGGUAAGAAAUCUACUGAAAUUAGACUAAACAUAGAACUGAUACCAAAAUAUGACUAAAACAUGACUUGUACCAAAAUAAGACUAAAACAUACUCCGUAUACCAAAAUGAGAACUCUCAUGUUUUUAUCCUUAAGUAGGAUUGUUGCACUGUAAACGCUGCAAUUUGGUAUUAUAUGUUGGCAUUUCAUAAUGUUUUUUUGGCAUUAUUUGUUGACAUUAUACGUCUUACUUUGUAGUUUGGUUUUUAUUUGGAAUUAUUAGGCGUAUAAAUUCUUUGCCAUUGU